AUGAAUACUGAAUUUCAUCGUGCAUCACCGACACCAUUAAUCCAAAAUCAAGCCAAGGCUGCUCUUCAUCCCUAUAUCAACCAAGUUAUAAAAAAGGAAGAUGAUCAGUCAGACAAGGAACGGUCCAUCAAAUUAUCUUCCUUUUCAUCUUUCGCUUACGUUACAUUAGACGAUCUCCUAACCUUAAUAACUCAGCACCAUGAGAGAAGGAUAUCACGUCGAAAGCAUAAGCUGAAAGUAUUUUUAAGAGUGAGAAAUAGCCCAGAUAGUGAUGCAAAUUCAGAAAUAUUGAAAAUUGAUGCAUCAAAGAAACAGGUUACUUUAAAUCAUCCAGAUUUGCAAAGAAGAGGAUCAAACAGCUCAAAUAAAGUAUUUGCAUUCGAUUCCAUCUUUAAUUAUGGGGAUCAGCAGCUUAAGCUUUGUGAUCAUACUGCUACAUCUAUUCUACGUCAUGUACUCUAUGGACGCGAUGGCUGCAUUUUUAGUUUUGGAGCUAUGGCAUCAGGAAAAAGCUAUACCAUCAUUGGAAAUGAUGAUAAAGUGGAAAAUUUAGGAGUUAUACCUUACUCAUUGAUAUGGCUGUAUCAUGCAAUAGAAGAAGAGCGACAAAGAUCAGGAAUUAGUUAUUCUGUACGGAUUUCAGCCACAGAAGUUUAUAAAAAUGAAGUACGAGAUCUACUCGCAGAUAAAGUAGCAGAUGGCAAAAUGAAUCAAUCUCCAGGAGUAUACUUAACUGAAGAUGGCAAUCCGCUUAACGUGGAGGAAAUACGAGCUUCUAGCCUUCAAGCAGCUCUUAAUUUAUUCGAUGCAGCAAACGCUGCUAUAAAUUGUAAUCAGAAUCCGGGAAAACGACAAGGAAGUUUGAUGUUUAUUGUUUAUUUAUAUCGUUAUAAGGAACAACAAAUGACGCCAGCAAAUAACGGCCGAUCUCGCCUCUACUUUAUCGAUCUUGCAGCUACUGAUGAAAGACAAAGUCGGGAAACUAGUUUGAUAUCUCCUAUUGGCAGAAUCAUAUUAUCCUUACUAUCGGGUGGACGAAUCGCAACUAAUAACCGGAAUAAGUUAAUUCAAGUUCUGCGUGAGCCACUAGGCAAUAGCAAAUGUUAUAAAACGAUGAUUGUGAAUGUAUUUAAUCAUAAAGAAAACUAUUUUGAUGCUCUAUCGACAUUAAACAUUGCAUCCAAGAUCUUAACUGUGGAAAAAAGGAAAAGGAUAAAGGGCUACGCAUCUGAUGCCAAAAAGUUUGAAUAUGAAAAUCAACGUUUGAAAUCUGCUAAAUCUCAAAACGAUAUUCGAAAACCUCGUGUAACCUACGCUAAAUCAGCUUUUAGCGGCGGUGAAGACGAAAUGUCUAGCUUUGAAGAGCGCAGUGAUGAGGAAGCACCGACGAUUACAGCAAUUUAUUUAGGCUGUAAAAAUAAUAGUACCAAUCGCAAUCAACAACAUCAACCUCGCCAUAUUCGUAAACAUCAUCAUCAAAAGACAAAGUCGGACAGAACAACGCAGUCUACAGACAAAUUAGCUCUUCUAAAAUAUGAACCUCGACGAGAAAAAUCUAAAACAGACUUAUCUCGCAAUGAUAAAAAGCAUAAUCGAAAGGUUACUAAUCCUUCCAAUGGGAAAGGAUAUUCAUUCAACAACGAAAAGGCGAUUCACGAUAAACACAUAGAUCAAAAUAGAAAGAUUAAUUAUCCUAUUAGAAGGAAAGAUAAGAAUUCACAUCGGACUGACUUUGACAAUUAUGCAGACCGACAUCAAAGGGUUCGCUCUAUGAUAGAGUGCGUCGACCAUUCUAAUUCCUACGUUAACAUUAAUCAACUGUUAACUGAAGAAGAAGAGGCAGCCAAGGCAGAGAAUGACCAUUUUGUUCGUCUUAAACAACGUUCUCAAAGUCAUGUAGCUCUUCAUCAAGCCCACUAUUGUCCAGAUCCUGCUAAUUCGAACCUAUUUCAUUCUGUCAGCACAUCAGCUUUAGCGACAGUAGAGACACUGUACGAUGAUGAUGCAAUACGACAAAAUCAUAAUAAUCUUCUAGUAAGAGAUGACGAUAUCGAAAUGGAUGAUGGUGUGGAAGAUGACAUAGAAUUUAUGCAAGAUCGACAUGACGAGGAUAAAUGUCAUGGCGAUGAAAUGAUUGAGAAUAAUUGUUCGCCAAAGAUGCAAACAGAUUAUAACCCUAUGAUACAGCAAUCACCUAUAGUCCCUGUCAGGAGUAGCUCUACAAAUAAAGGUUAUAAAUUUACUCAUCAUCGCUCGAGUAACUGCGAUCAAGGCUAUUCCACCAGAUCGAGUAAUACCAACGCUACUAAUGGCGACAAUGUUGGCCAUGAUCGUACGCCAUCAAUUAAUAGAAAUAGAGCCUCUCCGAUUGAGAAAUUGAAUGAUCUAAUCUCACCUGUUGUGCAAUCAAACAUGAGCAAACAAGGUCAUAAUCAAUCCGUGAAUAAACAAGGCGAUCAUGUCCAAGCAGACAACUCCAAUAAUGGCAAAUUUCCACCAGUAAAAGUAGGACGUGGUCAUAGCAAAGGCAGAAAUAAUCGUCACAGCACGAAUUUAGAGGAUAUUCAUCAUCAUCAACAACAUCGACAUAGUGAUCAACAACCACCUCAUUCGACAUCAAAAGGAAAUCGAAAUGUCACCUUUGUUAAGGAGGAAACGAAUCGACCAUCACCCAAUAGAAAUCGAAUGUCCUAUAUACUGGAUUCUGAAGAAAGCGAGAUUGCCAAUAAACGUACUAUUCGUACAUACACUGAGAAAUCGGAAGCAGCUGCAGCAGCUAGAAAUAAAGGCUAUACCAACACGAAUCACCUAUGUGAACGAGCUCUUUCUCAAACUAGUCUAACCAACAAUGGCGAUAUCCUGAAACCGUAUAUGAGAGCAUCGAUGAGACGAGCUUUGGUUAGAGGUAAUAAUAAACCAAAUAAGGUCAAUAAAGAAGCCAAUCGACGUAAAACGAUAUGGGACCGAUUCCGUGGAAUUUUCUGCUUAUCAUCAGCAGAUCAUGAUCAAGCAGCAACGCAUGCUACACAAACGCAAGGUUAUGUUAUACCAUCGAAUAUUAUUCCACCAACUGUUGAUCACGGCGAGGAUAAACGUGAGAUUUUGCAGCCAGUUAAUUCUAAUCUAUCUAAGAAAAGAAUGACCGCUUCCAAUUUAAGCCUCACAUGUGAUUAUGUUCGUAAUUAUAACUGUGACAAUAUUAUACAUCCUAAUUUACAUCAUGGACGCGGGAGAUCCAAUCGUAGCCGUACGAAUACUCGCAACUCUCGCAACUCUCUCAGCAACGUAUCUAGUUCAUCCCUUGCUGAUACUCCAUUUAUUUCAACUGAUGACGGUACUAGUUGUACUAGAGGUAGCUCGAGCCAUGAUGAAUACCGAAAUAGAACUCGAUAUUCGUCAUGUUUAAAUAUUAGCGACCGAAAAGGAAGUACAAACCGAGGUAAAUUGUCGAGAUCUUAUUCUACCGAAUGGAAUGAUCCUAGAGGCCUAUCAAGAUCAUGUGCAGAUUUUACAAGAUAUCGUUAA